GGUCUGGAUACGCAGUUAUCACCUUCAACUGCAGCUGAACACCGUUCACAGCUGCUUUUUAAAAACCUACGUAAAGGACCACACACAAUGCCAAACUGGGGAGGAGGCAACAAAUGCGCAGCGUGCCGUGGGACGGUGUACCACGCUGAGGAAGUGCAGUGUGACGGAAAGAGUUUCCACAAAUGCUGUUUCCUCUGCAUGGUCUGCAGGAAGGGCUUAGACAGCACCACACUGGCUAUUCACGACCAGGAGAUCUACUGCAAGUCAUGCUACGGGAAGAAGUACGGCCCCAAAGGCUACGGCUACGGACAGGGGGCGGGAACACUCAACAUGGACCGAGGAGAGCGGCUGGGAAUCAAACCUGAAGAGACACAGACUCACAGACCCACCACCAACCACAACCCGUCCAAAUUUGCCCAGAAGUUUGGAGGUUCAGAGAAAUGUGCCCGGUGCGGAGACUCUGUCUAUGCAGCUGAGAAGAUCAUGGGGGCGGGCAAGCCGUGGCAUAAGAACUGUUUCCGCUGUGCAAAAUGUGGCAAGAGCCUGGAGUCGACCACCCAGACGGAGAAAGACGGAGAAAUCUACUGCAAAGCGUGUUACGCCAAGAACUUCGGGCCCAAAGGGUUUGGAUACGGCCAAGGAGCUGGCGCUCUGGUUCACGCUCAGUGAUGACCUGGACCAGUCAGACCAUCUCACCUUCAAACAUUCCUCUGUCCUACAUGGACAUCAGCUUCUGUUUUCUACCUUAAAUGCUUUGAUGCUGAAAUAGACGCUCAUGAUACGAAUAAAAACAUUUACGAACCAAA